UACAUACAGUCAGUCAUUGUAUGAGUCAAUACAUAGAGAAAUAUAAUAAUAAAUAUUAUUAUUAUUAUUGUUAUACAAAUUGAUUGACUUUUCUUAUAGACAAUCAAUGAAUUAAAUUGUUUUUUAUUUAUAAUUUUCAUUAAUUUAUUAAUUAAACAAAAAAAAUACUAAAAAAAGUUUAUUUACUUAAAAAAAGUUAUUAUAUAAUGUAUUCAAUGGUGUAAUUGAAUGGAUAUAGCGAUUGAAAACAACAAUACAACAAACGAAACAACAAUUAUUAAGACAACAACUGUAUUAACUACCAGUGCUUUCGGGAUGCCGUCGACCACUACUACAACACAGUCGGCCACCAGUCCGGGCAAUUUUGGCCAAAUUGGAGGUCUGACACAAACUACAGCAACACUGACACCGACGACAUUGAAGAACAUCGAGGAAUCCUUUAUGGAGAUUAUUCCGCCCCAACCGCGAACUCAUCCACAAGAGGCCCGAUUUAUGCCACCGUUGGUCAACAUAUCGGCAAACUAUGUGUCGAUUCACUCUAAUAAUGCUUAUAAUGAGUUUAAUAAUAACAGCUCUAAUAACAGUAACAGCAAUACCAGUGAUUACGAUAUGCCAUCUGAUGAUUACGAGACCGAUGAGGACAGCUCUUCGAGAUCUGAGUCCAAGUGGAACGCAUACGUUGACCGCAACAGUAAUGCUAACCAAAUGCAAGAGAACGGCCUCAACAAUAAAGAGACAAAAGUUACUGUCACUAAAACUAGGGGUAGGAGUGGUCGCAAACCUAUGAGAAAUGAUAAGUUAACACCAGAGGAAGAAAAGAAACGACAUCAACGUCGAGAGCGCAACAAACAGGCGGCCGCUCGCUGUCGGAAGCGACGAAUGGAUCACACGAAUACACUUCUGAUUGAAACUGAAGGUUUGGAAGACAAAAAGCAAUCUUUGCUUAAAGAGAUGGAACUGUUGCAGAAACAGAAAGAAGAAUUGGAAUAUAUAUUGUCGACACAUAAGAUGUCCAAUUGUAAGAUGCAUUCAUCCAAAUUGCAAGAAAUAGACGUCAAACCUGUUGUUAGCAACGGAUCUGUUGUCACAAUCAACUCUAAUUUUACUCCAAAGUUGCGGCCAAAUACACUCUCGUUAAACACUGUCUACGGCGACUCAUCGAUUGCAGACUCGGGAAUACCCAUUCAGACCCCAUCGACGGGUCUGUUUCUGGAGGCCCUCUCAGAAACUGGAACUGGUUUGACACCCGUCCUCACACCUGUUAUCACUCCAUCUUCGUUAACAUCGAACUCAUACAACAUUCGCAACAAAUUGAGUCCAAAUCAGGAAAAGAAAUUAACUCAUCUUUGAAAAGGAAAUUACAGCUAAAUAUUGUAUUUUAUUUAUUAUUAUUAUUUGAAUACAUUCUCAUUAUUUUAGUCAUUAUAUGAGUAAAAUGAUAAAAAGGCCGGUAUUUCUAAUGCUAUAACUUUAAAAAAAAAUAGA